CUCAGUUACUCCGCGGGCCCCCCCGGCGGGGGGUGUUUCAGCAAGGCUUUUUCUUUCAUUUCCCCAAAAUUUCUUUCAUCAAAUGAAUCCAAAAUAAAUAAUAAAAGAAACCCUAAAACCCUAACCCCUUCUCACUCAACCAAAUCAAUGGCGUUGAUGCAGCAAUUGGGACGGACCAAGAAUGUGACGAGAAGGUCAAACAAGUACUUAGAAGAAGUUCUUUUCCACCGGCUUUUUAAGGAAGGCGGCUCGGAAAUUAGCGUGCGGCAGCAACUUAAUCACUUCAUCAAGAGCUCCAAGCGUGUCUACAAAUGGGAAGUAGACGAGACUCUCAAGAAGCUUCGCCACCGUAAGCUCUAUUUCCCUGCUCUCAAGCUGUCUGAAAUGAUGGCGACUAAGAGGGGCAUGAAUAAGACUGUUAGUGAUCAGGCUAUCCAUCUUGAUUUGGUUGCCAAAGCUCAAGGGAUUCCUGCUGCUGAAAAUUACUUCGUUGAUCUUCCUAAAGCACUGAAAAACCAUCUAACUUAUGGUGCCCUUCUCAACUGUUAUUGUAAGGAAUUGAUGACUGAAAAAGCAGAAGCUUUGAUGGAAAAGAUGAAGGAACUUAACCUUCCUUUAAGCUCUAUGUCUUAUAAUAGUCUCAUGACUCUUUACACAAAGAUUGGCCAGCCUGAAAGGGUACAAGAAAUUAUACAGGAAAUGAAAUCAUGUGGUGUCAUACCAGAUUCAUAUACAUACAACGUUUGGAUGAGGGCUCUGGCUGCUAUGAAUGAUAUUUCUGGAGUUGAAAGAGUUAUCGAGGAAAUGAAGAGAGAUGCUGAGGAUGCUGAUGAUUGGACAACAUAUAGCAAUAUAGCAUCAAUUUAUGUUGAUGCCGGCUUGUUUGAGAAGGCAGAGAAGGCACUUAAGGAAUUGGAAAAGAGAAAUGCCCACAGAAAUCUUUCUGCUUUCCAGUUUCUAAUUACAUUAUAUGGCCGAAUUGGAAAUUUGCAUGAAGUUUAUCGAAUAUGGCGUUCAUUGAGGCUCUCUUUUCACAAAACAGCCAAUAUAAGCUAUCUGAAUAUGAUUCAGGUAUUAGUAAACUUGAAAGAUUUACCCGGAGCUGAGAAAUGCUUUAGAGAAUGGGAAUCGGGUUGCUCUACUUAUGAUAUCCGGAUUGCAAAUGUCUUAAUUGGAGCUUAUGCCAAGGAGGGCUUGCUAGAAAAAGCUCUAGAGCUGAAGGAGAGGGCCCGUAGAAGAGGGGCGAAGCCUAAUGCCAAAACUUGGGAGAUCUUUUUGGAUUAUUAUUUGAAAAAUGGAGACACCAAGCUGGCUGUUGAUUGUGUGGCCAAUGCAAUUUCCACUGGCAGAGGAGAUGGCAGAAAGUGGGUCCCAUCAUCUGAAACUAUUGGGACGGUGAUGCGUCAUUUUGAGCAAGUGAAAGAAGUUGAUGGGGCCGAAGGUUUUGUAGAGAUUUUAAAGAAAGCUGUAGACCGUGUUGGAGAGGAAGUGUUUGAAUUAUUGAUAAGAACUUAUGCAGCUGCUGGAAGGAAAAGUCCCAUGAUGCAUCACCGUUUGAAGAUGGAAAAGGUGGAAGUGAGUGACGCAAGUAAGCAAUUGCUUGAAGUGAUUUCGGUUGAGUGAUUUUUCUCUAAUAUGUUGUUCUAAAGUUCGAAUUCCUGGAGAAGUGGUUUUUAAUAGCUAUAAUUAGCUGCUGUUUUUUUUUUCUUUAUAAUAAAAUGCAAUUGGUAAUUAUUGUGUUGAA